UUGAUGGCAAGAAGAGGUCUGAUAUUCGUAAGAACCACGUAGCAACGAAAACAAAUUAAACGUAAACAGAAACCUGCGUGACCAGUCUACUAACGAGUCGGCGGCCGCGCCGCGCCUCCAUUCGACGCGAUGGCGCUCCGCUCGCAACUCCUGCGCACCGUAUAUGCUGGCAAGCAAGCAACACGCCAGCUCCAUGGAUUGAAAGGCAAGGAGCGGGCGGGAGUGACAAGACUGAGAGAGGUCCUCGACGACCGGCUGCAGGAAAUCAAGAAGGCAAAGACUUGGAAGCAUGAGAGAAUCCUCAGCUCACCACAGGACACAAAAGUGAGGGUGCAGGGAGCGGAAGGGGAGUUCCUGAAUUUCUGCGCAAACAAUUAUCUAGGAUUAUCGAACCAUCCCGAAGUGGUAGAGGCAGCGAGAGAGGGCCUGCGGAAAUAUGGCGCUGGGCUCAGUUCCGUUAGAUUUAUUUGUGGCACACAAACUUUACAUAAGGAAUUAGAGCAUCGUCUGGCGCAGUUCCACGGGCGCGAGGAUGCCAUCCUGUACGGGUCGUGUUUCGAUGCGAACGCUGGCCUCUUCGAGUCCAUGCUUACCCCAGAGGACGCCGUGUUCUCGGAUGCGCUCAACCACGCUUCCAUCAUCGAUGGGAUACGGCUCUGCAAGGCACAGAAGUACCGGUACCCGCACAGAGAUCUCAAUGAAUUGGAGCACUUACUGGCGCACAGCGAAGCUCGCAUCAAGCUGAUAGUAACCGAUGGCGUGUUUUCUAUGGAUGGCAACGUGGCUCCUUUGCCCGGACUGCGAAACCUGGCUGACAAAUAUCGGGCAUUGCUAGCGGUGGACGACAGCCAUGCUACUGGGUUUUUCGGAGCAACUGGAAGGGGCACAGAAGAAUAUUGCAACAUAAUGGGUGCCGCUGAUAUCAUCUGCUCAACGCUCGGCAAAGCUGUGAGCGGGGCUGCCGGCGGCUACACCACGGGGCCUAAGGAGCUCAUCACACUGCUGCGCAACGUUUCGAGGCCGUACCUGUUCUCUAACGCACCGCCACCGCCUGUGGUCGCAGCUGCACUGAAGUCGUUAGAUCUAGUGGAGGGAAGCAGCGAGCUUCGUGAGCGACUCCAGCAAAACACUCGCAGCUUCCGCGAGGGUCUGAAGGCAGCCGGUCUGACCGUGGCCGGUGACGACCACCCCAUAUGCCCAGUCAUGGUCGGCGAUGCUCCGCUAGCUGUGGAACUCGCCUCGGGCAUGCUACAGCGAGGAAUCUACGUGGUGGCAUUCAGCUACCCAGUGGUGCCGAAGGGCGGCGCGCGAGUGCGCGUGCAGUUGAGCGCGGCACACACGCCGGAUGACGUCGCCCGGGCGGUGCAAGCGUUCGCCGACGUCGGCAAGACCAUCGGCCUUGUUAAGGGUUAGGCUGUAUUCCAGUUGAUAACGUACGCUGCGUAAACCUUCACAUUAGCACAGAAUAAAUAAUACUACCGUACAGAAAGGACACUUCCUACAAACCCGAAGUUUGACAGCGAUUCAGGGACGAAUCAUGCUAUCCCUUGCUAAUGUAUGGCCCUAUUCCUUUCGGCUAUUUAGGGUUGUCAAAAUUCAAGUCAUUAUCUUAUCUGUGGUCGUGCACGGAAAAGGAAAACACAACUUAUUGUGCCAACCCUAAUAAUUGCUCGGAUCAAUGCUGAGCCGAACGGAGCCGAGUUUGCCCGAAGUCAGGAGUGUCUCCCCACUGACAUUAGACAAGAGAGCACCAUUUCUAUAGCACAAGACGCUGUACUAAACGCAGUGUAUGCCAUGAAUCGGAGCGUAAUCGGCCUUAAGGCCCAGCAAACGUUGAUGCUAGUUUCGUGACGUCACGGCGAUCUUACGCUAAUAUUGCACAUCUAAGAUCAGUGAGGUGAGGUGGUGUUUUAAGUUUGGAAGAUCUCGGAAUGAGACGCUUGUUUUAAUAUGUAAGUAAUUGAAAGUAUUUACUAGGAAGGAUUAACCAUCAAUCCAGUGAAAGACCUGUGUGCAAAAUUAUUAAGAUAGCAUUGUUACAAUGAAUUUAUGUGCAAAUAUGUAAAUAAACAAAUAAAAUAAU